CGAGCCCUCCCGUCAUUCUCGUUCUCAUUCUGCAUCGCAACUGAUGAAUUUUCACUCAAAGCUUCCGACAAAUCGCAGUCGAUUAUAAAAAUCCUUGUUGGCGCUUGGAAUUAGUAGGAAGAACUCAAUUUCGUGCUGCACGGCCUUUUUCGUUCUUGCGUCUCCCUAAAGAUAGCACCGGAAAGAGCUAAGUAUGAAGGAAGCGUAAAUCUUGUCCCUCCCAAGUCCUAUCAUCGGACGGUUUUGGACGUGUGCAUUCCGUCGGUGCUUCGAUACACUUAUAACGAGCUUUUUCACACUUUUUUAUCUUUUAUCUCUGCUCCCAUUCCCUUCUCUGCCGGCCAGAGAUAGGUUUCAAGACUUAAGACCUCGCCCGACUUAUAACCUGCUCCUUUCCAACGAUUAUCAUGCUCGUCCUUCACUACGGUGUUGCAGUCAUGGCAGGGUACAUGAUUGCCACAGUGCAUGCUUUACCUGCUUCUCUCUCUUCGCGCUCGUUGCGUUUUACCUCUCAGGCCAAGAAUACAGGGGAGCCGAAGUGGUUGAUUCAGACACCUUACCCUGAACUCGAAGCCAAAGACCGAAAGGCUUUCUCUUCUAAAUUGAUAUUAGGAAGCUCCAGUGCCAGUCAUGUUGACCAACACGCCAUUUCUAUUCCCAAGUUGAUCCCUAUCUCUAACCCCAGCCUUCUCGCCAUACAACACAUCACCCAGUACAACGGUCAUUCAGGGGCCAUGAUAGUCAACUUCCUCCUCCAAAAGACCCCCACUGACUCUGAUUACGCCAAAGUCAAAGUGCUCAAAGAGAUCGACGAGUACGUGGAUUCUGGUAAGGUUCAAGGCCGGGGUGGGAAUCUUGCGUUCAUCAUGAACAGUAAUAGUACCGGUGAUAUAAGUAGUGUGCCCUUGGAGAAGGUGAACCUGAGUGACGCACAAAAGAAACAAGUGAAGGGGCAGAUUGGGAAGUUGGUUUGUGGAAAGGUCGUGGAGGUGGCCGGGAAACACCAGAUUCUGUAAAUGUUCCGUGACCUUCUUGAUCGUUCUGUAGAUUGCGCAUCCGUGUCUUAUCUUUCUUUACUUCCCAGGGGUUUCGAAGCCACAGAUAUCCUCGUCGCCCUCUCUGACCCUUCAGCCCACUCGAUAAGUCGCUCGAUCUUGAGCUCUUCCAACGACUCUACCUCAUCACCCAUGGUUGAAUCCGUCGAUCUUUUGGGUUGGGAUAAGGUCAAGAAAAUCACCAAGGAUUCUUCGAAGGAUGAAGUGUCUACUUACUGUGAGAUCCUUUUUGAGAAGAAAUAUGUACUAGUAUGACAUCUAGUAUCCUGUACCGCUCCCACUUCCAUGAGUCUUCCAUGGCCUCUAGACUAUCAUUUAUUAUGCAACCCAUUCCUCCCUAUUCCUCCAACUUUACGA